AUGSAUUUGAUUAGAAAUGAUGAAGAUUUAGUUGCAUUAACAGGGAUACCCAGCAUGGACAAGUUGUUAAAACUUGUCAAUAUUGGUGAAUUUGUGAUAAAAAGUUUAAAUUAUAAUAUCAAUUUUUCUCUUGAUAUUCUUCAUAGAAUAGUGUUAGUAUUAAUGAAGUUAAAACUAAAUACAUCUUACAAAUGCUUGGCAGUUUUAUUUGGUGUUUGUAAAAGUACUUGUACAAAUUACUUUUACGAAACAAUUGAUUUGUUAUAUUUAAUUUUAAAACCUUUAGUUUUGUGGCCUUCUAAAUCAAGUAUUUCUAAAAAUAUUCCUAAAUGUUUCAUAAAUUUCACAAGUACUAGGGUCGUAGUUGAUGGAACAGAAACUCCUAUCGAAGUUCCAAAAUGUUUGUCAUGUCGAAUUAKAACUUAUUCUUUUUAUAAAGGUAAACAUACUAUUAAAUUUAUGGUAGGCAUUUCUCCAGAUGGCCUAAUAACUUUUGUUAGUGAUGUGUAUGGUGGCAAAGCAUCUGACAAACAUAUAUUUGUAGAAAGUAAUAUUUUAGAAAAGUGUGAUAUUGGUGAUGGUGUUAUGGCUGAUAAAGGUUUUCUUAUUGAAGAGGAAUGUUCUAGGGCAGGUGUUAAAUUAUUUCGUCCCCCUUUUUUAAAAAAAAAUAAACAACUAUCUUUUGAAGACGGUACAAUGAACACUGAUAUAGCUAGAGCCAGAGUUCAUAUAGAACGAGCUAUUCAAAGAUUGAAAAUAUUUCAU